UCCAGAGUCACUCGCAAGCCGCUCUCUGUACAGGCCCUGGACGUACUGCACCCACAAUGGCAUUUCUUCGAAUUUUAGCGGUGAGCUUCUGUGUGCAGAUGACAUCAGCUAUGAUGCCGACGGGACCACAGUCCACACAGCAGAUUUCUGGCAGCGUUGACAUGUUCGUCAUGGACCCAAACACCGCCAAUGCAGCUCUUGGAGGCUCAGAGACCGUCGUGGUUCCUGCGGAUCCUUCCCUCACCAACAUCGUACCAAACGGACCGGCACCACAGCCCGCCCCAGCAAUAGUACCCACCCAGCUGACCGACCCUAGCGUACCCCAGCCAGUGUACAUAGAUCCCGUCAUUACUGAUCCUAUCCCCCAAACAAAACCAGGCACAACCUAUACUCCGAAUGAAAAUCUCCCCGUUGAUCCCGCCCAAAAUGCAGUAACUAAUCUUGACCCUACCGCACAAGCGCCGAUAGGGGUUGACGGUACGGCUAAACCUUUCACCCCUACAGUUGCAGGCCAGGAACCCCCACCCCCUUCAGGGACAGCCCCUGUGGGUACCGGGACAGAACCCGCAUCCAUCCUACCACCAUAUGAUCCUAAUCCCAUUCAGCAGGGGUCAGCCGCUCCAUCACUACCCGCAGACAACAGUCUUCUGACCCAAGCUUUAAGUCAAGGUGCCCCACCUCCUCUUCCAACAAACGACACUGCAGGGCCAAUCCCAUUCACAAACCCACCUGUAGGAACAGCCACACUGCCUUUGGAACUUCAAGGGACAGCUGCAGGUGGGCCAACGUCUUUCAUGGGCGGGGCACCUCUGCCGAAUGAACCACCAUCACCAACGGGAGGAGCUCAAUACCAGUACAUGCCACCACCACCAACGGGGGGAGCACCUCUGUUGAAUGAACCAUCACCACCAGCGGGAGGAGCUCAAUACCAGUACAUGCCACCACCACCAACGGGGGGAGCACCUCUGUUGAAUGAACCAUCACCACCAGCGGGAGGAGCUCCAUACCAGUACAUGCCACCACCACCAACGGGGGGAGCACCUCUGUUGAAUGAACCAUCACCACCAGCGGGAGGAGCUCAAUACCAGUACAUGCCACCACCAACAAUGGGCGGAGCACUUCUCCUGAAUGCGCCAUCAUCACCAACGGAUGGCGCUACUGUGCAGAACGCGUCAUCAACACCAACGGGUGGAGCACCAAUCCAGUACAUGUCACCACCACCAACAGGCGGAGCACCGCUGCUGAGUGCACCAUCAUCAUCACUGCUUGGCGCAGUAUCGUCACCAGCCGGUGCAAUGCCAAAUGCGUCAUCAUCAACAGGUGGAGCACCUUCCGCAAGUGGACCACUACCUUUUGCAACAAGCAGCCCUUUCAUGGCAAUGGCUGGAUCUAGACCUUCAUCAAAUCCUUAUAGUCCUAAUCCAUAUCAAAGAAGUCCAUACCAGCAGUCACCCUUCGGGUCCAACCCUUUCCAGCGUCCAUUUAGCCCAUGGGGACAACCUUCGUAUAAUUCAUUCACGAGUGGCGGGCCAUUGGACCAGUUCUCAGGCUCGAUGAACCAGAUGGGACAAAUGAACCAGAUGGGUCAGAUGGGACAAAUGAACCAGAUGGGUCAGAUGGGACAAAUGAACCAGAUGGGUCAGAUGGGACAAAUGAACCAGAUGGGUCAGAUGGGACAAAUGAACCAGAUGGGACAAAUGAACCAGAUGGGACAAAUGAACCAGUAUAAUCCAUUCAACGGGUACCACCAACAGCAGCAACAACAACAACGACAAAGGCAACAACAACAGUCUCAGAUGCCCUUGCCUUUACUCUUCUCCCUGUUCGGAGGCGGGGGAGCGGAGGGAGGACUCGGGACGUUGCUGUACCUGCAGGCAAUGGGUAACGGUCAACAAGGACAAAUGCCACUUCCCCUGAUGAUGUCAAUGAUGGGAGGCGGUGGCGGCGAGAUCUCACCGCUGAUGUACAUGAUGGGGACCCAGUCGUCGCAGAUGAUGCAGAACCCGAUGAUGAUGAGUUUGUUGUUUGGAUCUCUACUUGGUUGAUAGCAUACACUGAGUCGCACCUGAAUGACGUUUUCAUCUGCCUGUGGCGGGGUACCUCCGUACAUGGCAUUGCAUUGUAUUUACACAUGCAUUUCAUCGUGUCCACCUGUGUAUCGUUCAUUCAGCCACUCCAUCGGUUCAUACCAUAGCUGCAUACGGGCAACUUGAAGGGAUUGGUAACAUAGUGCAUGGCUUUUGAUACUUCAACAAAUAUGGAUCUUAUUUGCAUGUAUCAUAUUAUUGUGACUAUGAGAAUAAAAUCUUUUUGUGGAACGUA